AAAAGAUUGCUUAUAUUGAUUAUAAAGCCGAAGUACAGUUCAAAUUCGUACUUAUUCUGUAAAGAAAGCCACUUCGCACUGCAUUUCAUAUUCUGAUUAAAACAGUUUCAGUGGACAGAUUGCAACGCCUCUGCUCGCUUUCAACUUCUGACAAGUAUGAACCUAUAUUACAGUCUGCAAGGAGCGAAGAAAGCAUGAACUCUGUAUUUUCGCUUCUUCGCUCGGUGUCUAUGUUGCGCCUGUCCUCGGCUGGUAUAAUUAACGCUGUACUAUAACCUCGGGGUAUUUAUUUUGGGAAGCACGUGUUUUAAUUCUACACAGACAACAACCCAUUUGUUUCCACCAGCUGCAUAUAAAAAAAAAAUGCACGAAGCUGUGCAUAUCAUUGAGGAAGGACGGCCUCCAAAACCCUUUUCAGCAACGUACAGUAAUUUGAUGCUCAACUUGCAAACAGAGGAUUCGCCUCCACCCCUCCUCCUAGUGUGUUAGAUGUAUAUUGGCCAUAAGGCGGUUCUAUCAAGGUCGUCACGGGGAUCACUGUCCGAUCUGGGGGUUUGAUAGGUUGCUUCUCGGCGAUCUCUUUAACCUGCCUCCCUCUGCGCUCCUCCUCCUCGCUGCGAGUACAGAGUAAGUGGGACGCUCGCUGUUGCUUUCAGUUGCCAAAGGAUUUAAAAGCCUGCUGAUUUCUGGCGGCCCGGCGUCAAAAACAGGGGAGAGGGGGGGGGGGAGAGAAAUCUUCUGAUUCAGAAAGGAAGGACUUGUCUUUGGGACUAAUCAUGGCACAAUCAUCCGGAGCGACUGAGAGAUAAAACGCGCUCUCCGAGUUUCCCUGCUCGUUUGGUUUGGUUUGGUUUUUAAUCGCUUUGGUGCUUUUUUUUUCCCCUCUUCUCCUGGUUUUUAAACAUUUUUGUGAAGAGGGAACACGCACCAGUACAGCUGAGCAACCCUACGUUGACAUUCGCUCCUGCUCGGACAGUUUCCUUGUUUUUGCCGCAUGUAUAGAAAAUGGCAACUGCGCUCAGUGGACGAAACCCUGGUGGUCGCGGACCUCACCCCCGGAAAGGCCGGAUUCUGGGCUUCAUCGAGUCCAUCCAGGACGCCGUGGGACCGCCGAAGCAGGCUGCCGCCGACCGCCGAACAGUGGAGAAGACGUGGAAACUUAUGGACAAAGUGGUGAGACUAUGCCAAAAUCCACGACUGCAGCUGAAAAACAGCCCUCCUUACAUCCUGGAUAUCCUGCCUGAUACCUACCAACACCUUCGGCUAAUACUGUGCAAAUAUGAGGAGUCUCAGAGACUGACGCAGCUGAGCGAGAACGAGUAUUUUAAAAUAUACAUCGACAGCCUGAUAAAGAAAUCCAAAAGAGCAAUCCGCCUCUUUAAGGAAGGCAAGGAGAGGAUGUACGAGGAGCAGUCACAAGACAGGCGGAACCUCACCAAGCUGUCUCUGAUCUUCAGUCACAUGCUUGCAGAGAUUAAAGCCAUCUUCCCUGCCGGACAGUUCCAGGGAGACACAUUCCGGAUCACGAAAGCAGAUGCUGCCGAGUUCUGGAAAAGGUUUUUUGGAGAAAAGACGAUUGUGUCGUGGAAGGUGUUCCGACAGUGCCUUCAGGACGUACAUCCGAUAAGCUCUGGCUUGGAGGCAAUGGCCCUCAAAUCCACCAUCGACCUGACGUGCAACGACUACAUCUCCAUCUUUGAGUUCGACAUCUUCACCAGGCUUUUCCAGCCAUGGGGCUCAAUUCUGAGGAACUGGAACUUCCUGGCUGUGACUCAUCCCGGCUACAUGGCGUUCUUGACGUAUGACGAGGUGAAGGCUCGACUCCAGAAAUACAUCAACAAGCCCGGAAGCUAUAUCUUCAGACUGAGCUGCACUCGACUGGGGCAGUGGGCUAUUGGAUACGUCACAAACGAUGGCAACAUUCUUCAGACCAUCCCUCACAACAAGCCCCUGUUUCAAGCACUGAUCGAUGGCUACCGAGAAGGAUUCUACCUUUUCCCUGAUGGACGCAGUUACAACCCAGAUCUUACUGGUUUGUGCGAACCCAUGCCUCACGAUCAUAUCAAAGUCACCCAGGAGCAGUAUGAGCUGUACUGUGAGAUGGGCUCCACGUUCCAGCUGUGCAAGAUCUGUGCAGAAAAUGACAAGGAUGUCAAGAUUGAGCCCUGUGGUCACCUCAUGUGCACUUCCUGCCUGACUGCUUGGCAGGAGUCGGAUGGCCAGGGCUGCCCGUUCUGCCGCUGCGAGAUCAAGGGGACGGAGCCCAUCAUCGUUGACCCCUUUGACCCCCGGGACGACGGGCCCAAGAGCUGCGGCUUCAUGGACCAGUUCGCUUCUCCCAUGCUCGACAUGGAUGAGGACGACGACCGAGAGGACUCGCUGGUCAUGAACAGGCUGGCGUCUGUCAGGAAGUGCGCGGACAGGCAGUUCUCCCCGGUGUCGUCCCCCAACUCCUCCCCGGUGGCUCAGAGGAAGAAGCCCCUCCCGGACCCGGCGAGCAUCCAGCACCUCAGCCUGCCUCCUGUCCCGCCCCGCCUGGACCUCAUCCAGAAGGCUGUGAUCCGCUCCCCCUGUGGCAGCCCCACUGGCUCCCCCAAGUCCUCUCCCGGCAUGGGCAGGAAGCAGGACAAGCCACUGCCAGCGCCCCCACCUCCUCAGAGGGACCCGCCUCCCCCUCCGCCCCCGGAGAGACCCCCUCCCAUCCCUCCGGACGGCCGGAACGCCCGACUCCCCCAUCACUUCGCGGGCCUGCCCAGGGAUCCCCACCCGCCCCCGGAGGCCCGGUGCCCCAGGGAGAGCCUGGCCGACAGCCGAUCGGGGGCUGACCGCUCUCCCAAACUGGGCCAUUCUGCCCCCUCCCAUCUUAACGGGAGGCCUGUUAGCUGCUUUUCCUCAGACCCGGCCUUUGGGCGGCCCCUUCAAAGACCUGACCUGAUGGCAGACAGCACCAAGCCUUUCACCAACGGGCUCCUCUUGAGCGAUGAGUACGACAUCCCUCCUCCUCGCCACUCUCCUCCACCGCCCUUCCUCACCAGCAGCCAAAAGUACCCCAACCCUUUCACCAACAUGUGCUUGGAGAGACCUCGGGCGCAGGCAGACAAUGAGGAAGAUGAGUAUCAGAUCCCUCCAUCUCACCCGGCCUCCCUUACACCACAGCUCCCUGUCUGCAUCUCUGUCAGGAUUCCCAACAGGGGGCAGGAAGACGGGCUGUGUCUCAAUGGGGCAUCAGACCAUGCUGGUGCAGAGGGGAGGAACCACAAGUUUCUAGAGCAUGGUGAUCACUGUGACUUGCCCUCUGGUUUGUUUGAGUCCUGGGGGCCACAUCCUGCUGCCCACCCCUCCUACAGCAGGACCCCCUCUGACUACGACAUCCUGGUGCGCCCCCAAGGUGAGGACAUCUUUGAUACCCUGCCACCUUCUCUGCCUCCUCCUCCUCCCCCUGCCAGGCACAGCUUCACUGAGAUCUCUUCCGCCUCCUGUUCGCCCUCCUCCUCCUCCUCGGCAUCUUCCUCGUGCCCCAAAGCCAGCAGCUCGGGCAGUCGGCCUUCGUCUGGACAUGAUGCCUUUCUGCUUAACCCUGAGAAUUUCUUCGACGUGCUCAGUGGUGCAGCUCCGCCACCUCCAGUGAGAAGGCUGACUGGAGAAAACAUGAAGCCCCCGGUGAGGAUCUCCCAGGAGUACGACCAGCUGCCCCCCACAGUUCUUGCAGACAGUGUACAGGCACCAGCCAGGCCGCCCAAACCGCUCCCUCGCAAGACCCCCCCAGAGGUCCACCAGAGGAAGACGCACAGCCACGAGACGGCCGCCGAGCACGACGCCAAAAUCGCCAAACUGAUGGGGGAAGGGUACUCCUUUGAGGACGUGAAAAGGGCGCUGAUGAUUGCCCAGAACAAGGUGGACGUGGCGCGCAACAUCCUGCGCGAGUUUGCGUUGGUGGCCCCGAGACUGAACCUGUAGGCCCGGUUCGACCAUCAGGGAGAACGAGGACUUCGAAGCCGCCGGAGGAAUUUGGAUGGGGGGCGAGAAGUGCCCUCGUUGCCGUUGCUAGCUUUCCUCUGUGUCGUGUGUGGGCUAAGACGGAAGAGGAAAACGAGAUGAACCGAAACCUCGCUCGUUUUACUCGGAGACUGGAGCAAUGCGCAGCUGCUUGUCUUAGCCAUAAUGAAUCAGGGUUGAACCGAAGAAAAUAAAGUUUACUCCUCCUCGAACAUUAAACCUGUGAAAAGCUUGUUGUUUACAGUGGACAGCUGGGUCUCUAUGGCAGCCGUGCGGUUGGCUUGUUAGGGCUGUUAUUUUGUUUCCUGUUGCCAGGCAAUUGUCUGUUUCUGUGCCGUGGAUCCAUUCUGCUGCUGCCACAGCAUUCAAAGCCCCCCCCGCCUUCUGUCCUCGCACCCCGUCUGGGGUUUACUGGCGGGUAGAUCAGGAUGGGCAUCGACCUCUUUGUUUUCCUCUCCCCCCAACCCCUCAUGCUUGUUAUUGGACUUUGCGUUUCAUUUCAAUCGUCCGAACUUUGCAAAAAAAAAAAACGGAACAAAAAUAAUCCAAACGCAUGUGGCCUUCACUACUGAAUCUUUUUUUUUUAUUUCUGAGAAACUCUUUCUGUGUAGACAAACUCGUUUUCUGAAUGUAGAGUGCAUUAUUUUGUGAAAAGGAGAAAAAGGAUGUUUCCCGAAGUCGUCCAGUGGCUUAACACUUUGUGUGAAACCUUUUAGAAAUGUUCCAAGUCGGCAAACGUGCUCUUUACUAGGGUGCAAAGCUGUGUGUGAAGCAGUCCUUUGAGUUGUCACCCAUUAGCAUUCUGAUGACGCGUUGUGCAGAUGACGUGCUCUUCUGUGGUGUGUCUUAGUGGCUUCGUCACAGCAGGGAUGGGGAACGGCCUCACAGCCCUCAGUGAAAUGCUCUUGCUGUUUUGCGACGUCGUGGGUCUGUUGGAUCGCUCUCUGGCAUGAUUCUGCAUGGCUUUUCUGCUGCAGACUGAAGUUGAGUUCAAAACUUACAUCCUGGCAGUUUGUGGCUUACAAAUGCUAUCCUUUUUUUUUGUUGUUGUUCCUCUGGAAGGAAUUUAUUUGAAUGUACAUUUUUUAAGAACAGUUUUAGUAUUCGUCCAUAUUGCUCUCUUCUAGUCACUGUUACAACGAGUGGCCUUCCCUUCCAUUUCCAAAAGGAAGAGUCUUGAAUGUAUUUGUACUGGAUGGGAAAGGAAGCUGCAUUUUAUAGUCCUAGCCACAGACAGGUGUUGGUAAUUGCCUCUAGUUAUUUUGUCAGCUACUGGGACAAAAAAACUCGACCACAGCAAAACGGAUGGUGUCUUCAUGUGCCAAAAAAUAUCCAUUAUGCCGUAAAUUAGUUGUAGAGGUAGGCUAGCCUUGGUUUUGAACAAUACACAGGAGAGGGUGUUUUCUAAAAUUCCAUGAUUUUUUUCCCCCAAUUAUUUUAUCACAGAAACGUUUCACAUGUUGCCUCUUUGCAAAUUAAACUGUAUGAUGGUAAGAGUAUUUUACAAUGGAAAAUCGAGCUGCAUCUAUUGAACUUCCCCACUGUGACUGGAGUGUAAUCAAGUCUGUUCCAGGGCCGAUUUCCAAAUACAGAAGAUUUGUUCCCUUCGGAUCCAGUCAAGCUACCUUAGAAAUGGUGUGGACUAAAACCCUCCCAAAACAUGCAUCUUAAAAAUCAAAAACUGAAAUGGCAGUUAACUGUACCUUGAACUAAAACCAAUCUAAUUCUU